AUGGACGCCAACCUGCAGUUCUGGAGGACGGAGGGCCAGUCUUUUUUCCAGAGGUUUCUCCUCUGGGUGGACGCCUUGGAUCCCCUGCUGCUCCUGAAGUCCUCCGAUGAAAUAAGAAGCAGCAGGUUCUUAUUACAAAACAGUCUAAAGACACCAAGUGAGCCCAUACAGAAUGAUCAGACCAGACAAGCCUUCCUGCUAAGCCUGUCCAGUGUACAGCCUGAUACAGGCCAUAUAACUCCUGUUAUGUGUAGACCUCCAGCCUUCCUGCCCAUAUCUCUUCCAUUGGUUAUCAUUUCAUCUGUGCAGCUCCAAGGAAAGCAAAAUUUUUUUUACCAGUUCGCCUUUCACACCUACACCACACUGUUCACCCUGCUGAAUGGAAACCAUACUGCAAAGGCUGAGGGGUACUCAGUUUCAGAAAAGCAGAUCUACCUUGGCUUGGGAGCCAUUUCCUAUGCAUCAUUUAUUGGGGCUUUUCCUCUUGUCUUCAUGAAUCGCUACAUGUCGAAGAAUCCCUUAGGACAACUGGUUGUCAAAAAACUUCUACAUGGUCCUCUGCUUGGCUUGAUGAGUACAUUUACUGUGGCAGUGGUGAGAAGCCCAGAAUUUGAGAAUGGAAUUGAAGUGAUGGACAGGAAUGGGAAGGUUGUAGGAGUGUCAAAGAAGGCUGGUGAGAAGGCUGUUAAAGAAACGGCACUGUCGAGAGCAGUCUUGUUUGGGACAACAUUCUUCCUGCCAACUGUGCUGAUGUCCUUUGUGGAAAGAACAAAACUUGCAAAAACUCCACGUGCUCUGAGUUCAGUGAGAAUGCUUCUCAUUACCUCAUUGUUAACAGGGAUGCUGCCAGCUUCACUUAGUCUGUACCCGCAGUGUGGGGAGAUAAAACGAGCGGACCUGGAACCAGAGAUUGCGUCGUCUACAGAAGCAGAGGAGUUAUUCUACAACAGGGGAAUUUAGAGGCUGGCUGUGAUACAGCAGCCUCCUCUGAUGGGAGUUCUGAAAGCAGCAACAAUAACUGACUGAAUCAUGGAUUUGUGGAGGUGCCCACAGCCUGGAAUCUCUGGCUAACUUCAUGCUGUACAAGAUGUUUGUAGCAGGAGGUGCCACAGCACAGCGUUUGGGCACAAACUGGGUUCUGUGUGCUUCCUCCUCUGAUUGAUUUCUUAAUUAAAAGA